AUGAGCAUCUUCGGUGCUUCCACCGCACAGCCCGCAAAGCCAGGCUUGUUCAGCUUCAACAACCCUACAUCUACCCAGCCGGCUGCGCAAACCUCACUGUUCGGACAAUCUCAGACACAACAGAACAAUGCUCCUAGCUUCAGCUUCGGCACUUCACAGCCACAGCCCCAGCAAAGUGGUGGCUUGUUCGGUACGUCAACACAACCACAACAAGGCGGAGGUUUGUUUGGUGCAUCGCAGCCUCAACAACAGUCCGGAGGGGGCUUUUUUGGUGCGUCAAAACCUCAAACUGGGGGCCUUUUCGGUAGUUCCAUGCAACAGCAACAAACGCAGCAGCAGCAGCAGCAGCAGCAGCAGCAACAGACUGGAGGAUUGUUUGGGACUUCGACACAGACCCAGACCCAGACGCAGCAACAGCCACAACAAGCACCGUCACGUCCACUUGACCAGACGUUGAGAUUCGGCCAGUCUCAACAAGGGCAGAUGGAGUCGCAGUCAAUGUGGGAAGAAGGUCGCGGGUUGAACGUUUACAGAUCAAUACCGGCUCAGAUGACCAUUGUCAAAAACAAAUGGGAUCCGACGAGUUUGUCAUCUCCCCUGCGGACGUACCUGUAUCAACACGUUGAGACCGAAACAGAAGCUCUCAAGUAUAGGCCAGGGCCGGGGGAGGACGAAGACAAGUGGGAGGAAGCGGUUUCCAAACGGCCUGGGCCUGAAUGGGUGCCUCUUCUCAUCCAAGGUUUUUUCCAGCUUGGUCGAAAGGCCCAAAUCCAGAUGGAAGCAAUCCAAAGAUGUAACAUGAUGCUUCAAGAAAUCAAUACCUCGCUUGAUGUGCAACUCGACAAACAUCGCCAGAACGUGGCCACGAGACUGGAGGAGAGCAAGAGGAGGCAACUGGCGACAGCGCGGCGCAUCCUCUCGCUGGCUGUGAAAGUGCAAAUCCUACGAAACCGUGGCUAUGUCAUGGAUAAUUCCGAAGAAGAGUUGAAGACCAAGUUGGAGAAGCUGCAACGAGUAGUAUUCGAUCCAAGCCUCGAUGCAAGAGAGCAAGAAGUUUGGGCACGCAUGUUGAGUAUCCGGGAACGAGCGAAAAGACUCAAGAUGGAGAUGGAAAAGCUCAAACCUGUUGCAAAGGACGAGGACAGCGUCUUGGAUGAAGAAACGGUCAAAGCCGCAAAAAGAACACUCGAAGCGCAAGAUGUACAGUUGCGACACUUGCACAAAGAAUUAGAGCUUGUUCAGCAAGGAUUUGAAGAUUGGGAGAAAAUCUCCAAAGAGAGGGAUAGUGAAGCUCCGCGACGCAGAUGA